AUGGUCGAAGGUAGAUCUGUGCUGAGACACUCUGUUAUCCCAAAUAGCAGAGGUACCCAAACCAGGUUGAGAAGGAGUCCACUUGAACCGGACUUGAAUGUCAGCGUUCUUCUCGUAAACAUCAAACAAGUAGUUGAGGAUAAGGUCAGACUCCACAGACGACAGACCAAUAAUUCUCUUGGUCAUUCCUCUGUUAACGUACAGAGAUUUCCAUCCGGUAGCAGGGUGAGUUCUCACCAAAGGAUGAACUCUCUCGACCUUCUUUGGACCAGCAAAUGGGUUCUUUCUGUCGAGGUAUCCGUGAGCAGAAACAAAGACUGCCUGCUUACCGUCGAGGAACUUCUUGAACUCCUCGGAAAGCUUGUCGUAAGCAGCGUAUCCAGAAGACCACAAGGUGUCACCACCAGUCUCUGGAAUAGCAUCCAGGUGCAAGUGAGUAAUACCAGCUGGACGCUUCUCGUGGACCAGGUCGGAGUGCCAGACUUGGGUACCUCUGAUAGAGUUCUUGACUGCGUCCCAGUUUCCGAGGUUGUUGUUCUUGAAAGUAAGACCAGUUCCAAGAGACUUCUGGAAGUAGUCUUGCCAGAUGACAGAGACACCAGGCAAACCGUUAACCUGGGAAGCCUGUGGGUGCUCCUCAACACGUCCCCAGUAGUCACCAAGCUCACGUUGCUUCUGUGGAGACAGCUUUUGGUCUCUGAAGAAGACAACGACUCUCUCUGCAACCAGCAAAGCCAACUCGUCCUUUUGCUUAUCGGUCAAGUCCUCAAGUUGUAA